CAAGUUCAACAGUGUACAAGAGGCCCUUGACGCAAAAGGGUUCCUUUGAAAGACAGUACGUGGGAAGCAGGAACCAUUGUAAGUGAGCGGAACCUAAAUUCUGAAAAAAAAACACAACUUUUAGAGGUCCUUAGCACAGCUCUUACGUGUGCGUAUCAGCGUAUGCAUGCCUUGGGAAGAUAACACUUGUAUAAACUUGGCAUUCAGUGGUAGGAUGUACUUUAGACGCCCUCGUAAUCAAGGACACAACGCUACCGAAUGACAACGCUAUUUCGUGCACUAGAAAAUGACAAGAGGUAAAGAUUGAAAGGCUCUUGGAACAUAUUUGUUUCUCAGCCCAUUAGUAAUGUGCCAUCAUUCUCGAAACCAUUUCUUAUCGGAUUGCGAAGAAUUAGGAAAGAAUAGAAAAUGUUCAGCCCUAAUACUCCUAAAUCGUAGUCCUUGCAUCCAGAGAUGCAGAAUUUGAACAAUAUACAAAUCAUUUUCCUGAAAUAACGUGAGAUUUGUAAGUCCAACCGUGAGACCUGGAGUUUAGCCCCAAAACCUGGACACGAAUGGGUAAACCGUAAACUUGGCAGCUCUGUGUAUCCGCGAUAAUUCUCCCAUUAACUCUUACAAUAACUGAUAACUUUUUCACAUGUCUUUUAUUAGGAAGGUCAUAUUACAAUAAUAUCAUGAUCACAUGGAUUUCAAAUUCCGUUGGCGUUCUUGGCAGCAUUUAUACUUGAGAAAUUUCUUCGGAUUUGUUUUUGUGCUUUUCAUCGACAACUGUCCGACUGCCUUUGGCAUCAAUGGGAUGUAUCUAACGAACGACAUGAUAAUAUAUAAUGAAUGACAAAAUUAAACUUAGGUAAGUUUUCAAGGCAUUUUUUAAUACCAUGGACUGGUGGGGCAUUUGCCCCACUGGACCCCUUCCUCUGCCCCACCACUGAAGAAAAAAAUGGCCUAUUGCCCCAAAGCCAGGUCUCUAGGACCUGUACUGAGUAAAUGAGUUUAACAUUGAAAAGAAGUUUACGAAACAAAAUUUGUUGGUGAGCAUACUUAAACUUAUGUUAUGUUUGAAUGUUUAGCAUGCAAUUUAUUACAAAUUUCACCAUUAAAACUUUGUUUUGGGAAGCGGAGAUUUUUUUAAAAUGUGUUCUCAGAAUGUAGGGAAUGCUAUUUCAGAGACCCAAAUUUUAAAAAUUUCCUGGGGGGGGACAUGCUGCCACAUUCAAUCCCCUAGCUAACUCGUGUCUGCGGUACUCUGUUCACACCUUCGGCGAUCACAUACUGUGCUGGGGGAGGACAAGGAAAAUGGGCCCUUUGGCAGUUUUGCCCCACCACUGAAGAAUCCUUAAAAAAUGCACUGUAAGUUUCGUAAAGCUCAAUAAUUCAUAAAGAAAAUUGUGAAACUGAUUAAGAGAAGAUUUUUGUGUAUGUUACGAAACAAGCGUUCAAAAAUAAUGAUGAGCGUAAUGUACUGCUUAUGACUACUGAAAUAAACCCCCCUUUUGUUAUAUUAGCGGUUAUGACUGUAUUCAAAACUAUUUAGUUUUCGAUACGUUUUUUAGUCGGCAAACAAACUUAAAAUGUAUGUUUAGUCCUUUAUCUGUAAAAUAAUGCUAAAAUGAAGAGAUUUUAGAUGAUACGCCAAACAGAAAAUGAUGUCCGAAGUUCAGUGAGUUCUGCUAAUAUUGCUGUAAAUAUGGCGUCACUUUCAUAGCAUCAUUGACAAUUGUAUUUUAAUUGACAUUUUUUUCUAUUAUAUUUAUGUUUCACAAGCAACGAAUGCAUUUAAAAAGGUAGCUAACUGUAUAAACUAGAGAACAAAACAAUUUUGAGAGCUACACCGAGUAAUAAUUAAGUAAAAGUAAUAAUUCAUGAAGAAAACACAGAAGAAAUCAUGAGCGUGAAGAAGUUUGUAUAUCUGAUACAAAAUCAUGCUGAUUUACAUAAACGUUUAGUUUAAUUUUCUCAUCAAAUAUCAUUCAUUUAUUUUAAAUUGUUGAAGAAUACGAAUGUUCUCAUGAAGACGUUUCGCAAGCCAUUUCCAACAUGUUGUAAAUAUACAAAAUUUAUCUCCAAAUACAAAAUUUUGAGCUCCUCAUUCAGUACUUACUGGAUAGUUUUUUGAAACGGCCUAGAAAUCGUACAGUUAUAGUAUUCACCUGGUGUAAUUUCGCUCAACUUCAUACCAAGUUUGGUGUCAGCGCCAUCCAGGUCGCUCUUGAGUACAGUUCGUUGGGGUUCGAUCUUUGCGCGAAGUCUGGAAACUAGUUCGAUUUCUGCUGCAGAAGUACGGAAAAGCUUGGCAGCCUUGCUUGACAGCGGUGGUAGUGGCAAUCGUGGCACGAUCCUGAGUUGACUAAUUGACAUGGCUAAAUGAAAGAGAAUUAAUGAAAUAUUGAAAUUGAAGUUCGACAAUGACAUGGAAAAUAUGUGACGUCCAUUUUGUCAAUAACUUCGUUUGCUUAAGCUCUACAUUUAAAACACAAGCAGGAGUGCUUUAUCAGAUAUAAGACCAUAUAAGACACGAAAGCGCUGCUCGACUGUUUUAAAUCUGAUAAAGCACAGACUACAGAAGCGACGUCAGUUCCUUUGUCGGUAUCCAUUUUGCCACGUCUUGCUGACGUAACAAGUCAUACCGACAAAGGAAAAAGGUCGCUUCGCGCGAGAAAAUUCGCUAGUGGAAAACCGGUUUAAAAUGGCUUUAAAAAACGACCCAUCAGAAGAGUUCAUUGGCGAAGUAAUUUUAAAAAUAAACGUUGUCUAACCCGAGAAAAUCAAAGCUAAAGUUUAUGUAAAUGAACAUGAUUUUUUAUCACAUAUAAACGGUAGCGAAUACACGAAUUCGAAUUCCUUUGUCUGUUCCUCAUGAAUAUGAAGUAUUGAGUUUUUAAAGAUGAUCCAGUCCGUUCUGCGCAUCAGUUCUGCACAAAACAAAGGGGGACCCCAGAUAUAAACAUUGCCCAAAUUUUGCAUCUUUCGAACUUUUUUGAAUUGAAACGUAGAGUUUAUAUUCAUUUACAAGCAUGGCGAAGCAGAAAAGUGUUAGAUGUACUAUUUAAAGCACGCGUAGGAGUGUUUUAUCACAUAUAAAACACGACGCGUAGCGGAGUGUUUUAUAUGUGAUAAAACACGACUACGAGUGCUUUAAAUAGCUUAAAAAACGACCCAUCUUCUGAUGAGUACAUUAGCGAAGUAAUUUUUAAAAUAAACUUUGUCUAAACCGAGAAAAUCAAAGCUAAAGUUUAUGUAAAUUAACAUGAUUUUAUAUCACAUAUAAAACCACGACACGCUUAUGAUUUUUCUUUGUGUUUUCUCCUGAAUUAUUAAUGAGUUUUUAAAAUUCAGUUAGUAUAUCAUAUUUUACAAAUAUAGAAGUUCAAAACGUAAACAAAGAUCGCACAUGCGCACACGAGUGGACAUCAUCUUUAAGUACUAGUUGAAACAUGAGCAGCUGAUCUUUAUGGGAUGUGAAGAAAAAUCAAAGCUGAAGUUUAUGUAAAUCAGGAAAAAUCUUUAUCCGAUUUACAAACACUGAUUAAACAUUCAUUUCUUUUGAAUUUUCUUCAUGAAUUAUUAAUGACUUCUUUAAUAAUGAUUACAAACCGUUAAUACGUCCAAAGGCACUAUUCUUCGGGUUCACAUACUCGGUACACACACAACCAGGUAGAUUCUUCAAAUCAAGCAAGUCUUUUGAAUAAUAUGAUGUGUUUGUCAUCAGCUCAGUUUGGUUCAAGAAAUAUGUAUGAAACUUGUGCGCGUUGCUCUGACUUUGCCAACUCCACCAUAUUUUAUCGACGAAACCAUGAUGUAGAAUAAACUCGGGGGCUGUUGCGGAAUCGAGAGAGCACAUGGUUCCAUUGAUAGUACAGUGAACAAGAUCGUGGAACUGGAUUCUCAACAAUUGUUCGAAAUUAAAAAAAUCUGUUACGUUGGCAGUUAACGAUAUCAGAUUCUGAACUGCAAUUGCGUCUGGGGUUGUACCGGCAAAAUGUCGCCUCAAGCAUCCUCCCCCGGCGCUAGAUGGAAGUGACCACACCCCCUGCCUGAAUGGACCUGUAUUCACACAGUUCCCCCCUGGCACCCCGUUUCCACCAAAACCGUGGUUGCUUGCGUUCCACAGAGGACUAGAGAAAGGGUUAGCCGCCACCAGACUCCAAUCCCAAUAAGGAACGGUGACGCGACAAUCGAUUUGCUGCAGAAGAUUUUCAUAUUGUAAGAUAAACCAACGAUGCCAUGGUAGAAAAAAGCUUACGUUGUGAAUGUCGGUGAGAAAGAUUGUUCUGUGUAGCGUCAGAAGGGUAUCGUAUCGAGGCUUGUAAGUUGAGUUCGUCGAAGCUGUCUUAACGGUGUUGAUGUAGCGAACGCGUUCAGUGUAGGUCAUGUCUGUGAACUCUUUCCGAAGGCGACAACAUUUGACAAGUUUUCCGUUUUCGCAUCUGCAUUUUCUUCCGCAUUCAUCGUAAACUGUCUGACCAUUGUUGCACUUCUUGAAGAGAUCUGUAAGAAAAUGUUUUGUAUAAGUAAUGUGUUGAUUUUUACUAGAGACGAGUGAUUAAUCUGGACGAACUUAGGCAACGAAAGGAUAAUUCGCCUCUUUUGCAAAAAGACUGAUCCACUGAUUUUAAAAGUAAGUCUGGAUGGAGCAUAGCUUAUCGAAGGGAAGAUGGCUGUGAAACUCAUUAGAAUAACAAUAUAACUCAUUAUCUAUGUUAAUCAACGUUUAUUCAUAAAUCUGGUCCUUCACCGUCACGUGUGUAUUGUAUUUUUGCCCAACUAAGCAAUAGGCAAUGUUUUAGGAAAGUUACCUAUCCGUGAUUCCGAACAAUUAAUAUAGCUAAGGGUAAAUUGGAAAUUGCUAUUGGUUGGUUGGUUGGGCAAAAAUACAAUACACACAUGACGGUGAAGGACCAUAGUUAUGAAUAAACGUUGACUAACAUAGAUAAUGAGUUAUAUUAUUAUUCUGGUGAGUUUCACAGCCAUCUUCCCUUCGAUAGGCUAUGGAUGGAGAAACCUUUUGAAUUCAGGGAAUUGAUUUUGAAGCAAGAAUAUUGAUAAUGAGAAGAGAUUUUUUAAACUAGUGUAAUGAGAAGAGAGUGUUUAAAAUAGUUUUACUAUUAAUAAAAGAUCUUCUAAGUAUCUUGAAAGAUAUGGCUUCUAACAUCUCUUCUAACGCGUUUUAGAACGCCUUGAGGCGGCCAUUUUGCUGUGACCUCAUUAUUAAUUAUUCGCUGGCAAAUUUCGGAUAGAAGCCACUAAUAACCAAUUUCUCUCUAGAGGACAUUUUUUAUCCUACCAAUCACCGGAAACUUUAAUCCUCUGACGUCCUAUAACUCUUCAAUUUCUGCCAUCUUGGCAAGGAGUGUGCCAAAAUUUCGUAUCUAUUUUUUAAAGAUUCUAUUUUUUUAUAUAUGGAUUUAUUUAAAGACUAAUAUUAUCAUUUAAUGGACUGAAAAGUUGAUUCGCGAUAAGGUCCGUUAGCUGGGAAAAUGCUGGGUAUAAAAACUGUUUUCGACCUUCAUAGCUAUUGGACGUCAAUGGCCGCCAUCUGUGUAUUAUAAGGCACCAACUCACCUUCUUGGAAAGCCUUUGUGCCGUGAUUCAAAACUGUGUUAAUAUUCUCCAUGUGAAACACGUGGUGUGAUGAUGUCGCAACUGCUGAUAGUUCACUCUUGUUGAUACUGUUUGUAAUUCCCAGAGCAAAUAUAAUCACCCCAGCACUUUUCAACUGCCCUGCCGGGAUUCCUGGACUGACCCCUUGGUUAGGUCUGCCAACUGCUAGAACGACGACCACCUUUUUGGCGCCACUUCUAGCUCCGACAGUUACGUUGAAGAUGAGAUUGUUACGAACAUAUUGUAGCGCGUCUCCUGUUGCCGUCAUGCCGCCUGUGUACCUGUUGAAAAACAUAGAGUUCAGGAUACGCACGUAAAAACACACAAGUUGUAACAGACUUGUAGCAAUGCUAUUCCAACAACUUAUCAUCUGGAUGUGUUCGCACUGCUUGUUCCCAGCUUGUUGACAAUUAAGUGGUGAACGACUUGUUGACAACUUACUACAGGGUUAUUGAGCUCAACAGACUUGUUACAAGUUGUUCCAACAACUUGUUAUCGUCCUGCAAUUCAACAAUUUGUCAACAAGUUAUGAGUGACAAGCUUGUAGAAACUUGAUAAAAUAACAGCAUUGUUACAACAUGUUGACAAGCUUGCUACAAACCUGUUGCGAACACAUCUUGCCUACCUUGUAUAUAUGGUAAAGUAACUAAGCUAAUAGGUCACGUCAAACACGUACUUGAUUUCUCGAACUGCUUUUCGUAAACACGCUUUAUUGAUGUGUUUAUUAAAAUUAAACUCCAGUUUUACCAAAGUUGAAUAUGUCACGAUGGCCACACGAGUUUGGGUGGGAAAUAUUGGAAAAUAUUCAAUAAGACUUUCAACAAAUUGUUUCUCCACGUUGAAAUUACUUGACCCAAUGCUUCCAGAUUUAUCCAUGACAAGUACCAUGUCUAUUUUGAGCGAAGCUAUGAAAGAAAGAAAUGGUUGUGUUUCAUAUGUAUGCUCAUUCAUGUAAAAAUUGCUCUCCGGCGUAACAGUCCUGGCAAGAACGCUAAUGAAAGCGGCUAUCAAAGGGGACUAUAUACGGCUAACAAAAGGGUGUUUAUUUCAGUAUUCAUUUUGGUUCUCAGCUUGUCUUCAAUUAUAGUGUUGAAAUGAAAGAAUUAGAUUCCAACAUAAUGUUUAUACAAGAGCUGUACAAAUUAUCAAAUGGUAGGUCUGGUGGUCAAGUUAUGGACGUGAUUUAAAAAAACCCUGAAAUUUCAACAUGGCACUUCCAAAGAAUUUUGUGGAAAUUAUAUUUAUAGAUUUUAAUAAUACGAAUUUAAUAUUGAUAAAUGGGUACUUGGCUUUCAGAAGUAGUUAUUGCUAAAAAUGCCAAAAAGCUAAUUCACCAUGCAAGUAUGGAGCUAUUGCACAUGACGUCACAGCCGCCAUGUUGGUGUUCCAAUGGACUUUUGGUCUACUAACAAAAAUUCCAUCACAGCCUGAAAGAGCAUCACAAAAUUAGUAAUAUUCCGGCCAAAGUUUCGUUGCGAAAUGUUGUAAAAUGCGGAUAAUAUAGCCUUACGAAAUUUGCAAUUUUCAGUCAUUUUGUAUUACAAACGGGAAAUUGAUGCCCCAACACCCGAUUAGGCUGUCAAUUUCCCGUGCGUAAUACAAAAUGACUGAAAAUUGCAAACUUUGCAAGGCUAUGUUAUCCGCAUUUUACAACAUUUCGCAACGAAACUUUGGAAUAUUACUAAUUUUGUGAUGCUCUUUCAAGCUGUGAUGAAAUUUAUGUCUAGAUCAAAAUUUAGGCAGCGUUUACACUGUACCGUUUUCGUAGCGUUCUCGUAUUUUUCUUAAUCCUCAAGGGAACGCAAGACAAUAGUCUAGUUCUCUCGAACAAUACGAGAACGCUACGAAAACGGUACAGUGUAAACGCUGCCUUAGUCUACAAUGCAAAUGUCCAUUCAAAAGAAUUUUAAUCAGACUCUUUUGUCUGGAACACCAAUAUGGCCGCCAUGGCUUUUGUUGAGUUGGUCCCUGGGGAAUGAGUGCAAACGCUCUAUGGCUUGAACAAUAACGUAUGGGUCAAUUACUGUCGAUGCAAUGGAAGCGUUGAUAAAAUAUUGCAUGAAUUCAUUUCCUCAAGUUGAUCAAUUUGAUACGAAUUCAAAUUUCUUUUUACUUCCUGUGCGUUCCCUAUUAAUUGGUCAAUCGGUUCUGAAACGAAAUCUAAUUGGCUCAUUUAAAAGUAACAGAAGGUUGAUCAAUUUUCUAUCAAAUGAAUUGAUCAACUUGAGGAAAGGAAUUGGUGGAAUAUUUUAUCAACACUUCUAUUGCAUCGACAGUAAAGUUAAUGGAUAUUUACACAAACUUACACAUUACAAUCAAGAUGACAAACAAAGAAAAAUCUACCAAUAUUACAAUAUAUUUCAUAUUAUCUGAAGAGCAAGCUUUGUAGAAACAAAGAAAUUUUAAUUUACUUUUAAAUUGUUGAAAUGAGGACAGUUUUAUUUCUUCCUCAAUUCCAUAUUUUGGACCUUUAAAUCUGAUAUUGAAAAGUCCAUAAUUUCUCCUAACUCUAGGCAGAUAAAGGAAUUACUUUGCUAAAGAGGCGCUUUUUAAUUAAUCUCCAACAUAUAAAAAUGUACUGUACAAGUAUAAUUUCGGUACUACUAAUUUUCUAUCUCAAAAAGAUCUCAAAUUACGUCUAGGUGAUAAAUAUGUAACAAAUCAGUAAUAUAUUGUGUCUUCACAAUUUGUGUCUAUAAGACUAUAUAUUUCAUUAAUAAUUGAGCAGUUAUUAUAUUGCUUAUUACGAAAAGAUUCGGACCGACAUUUUUACCUAAUUAUCAACGAGAGACGUACCUCCAUUAAAAGAUAGCAAACCAAACAGGACGAGUAACGUUUGGCCAGACAUUUUCUUUCCACGAAUUCAACUAAACAUUUGUCCCAAUUGUGAAGUGCUUAAUGCUACACUACUUUGAUGUCGGUGAAUAUUGGUUUAUAGGUUUUAUAUUUUACUUUGUUGUCUUGAGUUAUAAUGACGUUGCCGUUGGUAAUUACUAAAAGAUUCUUUGAAUUCAUAGCAAAUGAAUUUGCCUUUUUCAAACAUUCCUCAAAAGUGCGUAAAAACAAUGGAAAAUUUGACCGUUCAUUACACAAAAUGUGAACAGUCGACAACACUUCACAAUUUCAAAUGGCAGACAAUUAAGUGUGAUAUAAUGAUUCCUUACUGUAAUAAGAUUCUCCCAUCCUUCGAUCUUCUUGCUGAGACAAAGAUCCCACUUUUAUCCAGACCUGGCAAAACGUGAAAUCCUCAUAAUGAUUCGUUUAAUCCUCAUGUCAGUUUAAAUCAAACCGGAAAAUAUAGUCGAUAUUUAAGUGAAGGAAAAAGUAGAACAAAAUUGACUGGCAUUUUUAAAGUAACUAAUUUUUUUUUAAACAAAUAGGAUAACAUAUUCUGAUAUUGAAUAUAAAGAAAACGUUUCUCAACAUAACCUAAGUUCGACUUUUCAAUAUUAUUUUAUGUACUGUUUAAUAAACGAGCAGGAGUGUUUUAUUAGGUUUAAAGACACGAGCGCGCAGCGCGAGUGGCUUUAGACCUAAUAAAACACGACCUGCGAGCUUAUUAAACGGCUCAAACACGACUACAAAUUCAAUAGAUAUACCGCCUUAUUAGUAUUCUUUAUAUAAAAAAUACUAAUGAGAACACGACAACAAUAGAUACUGCCUGAUUAGUAUUCUUUAUAUCCCUUAUAUAGGAGUGUUUUAUCAGGUUUAAAGCCACUCCGUUGCACGUGACAUAUUACGGUUGACAUGAUUUGCCAAUAAGCUUAUGAAUUAUUAAUGAGUGUUUGAAGUACUAUUUAAAACACGAGUAGGAGUGUUUUAUCAGACAUAAAACACGAGGCGCAGCCGAGAGUUUUAUGUCUGAUAAAACACGACAAGGAGUGUUUUGAAUAGCUUAAAUACGACUACAAAAGAAUACUAAUUAGGAUGAACCAUUAUAUAAUCAUGCUAAUUAGGAUGAACAAUUAUAUAAUGCCACAUGUGUUUUGUCAGAUAUAAAGUCACUCCACGUGACAUAUUAUGGCUGACAUGAUUUGCCACAAGGUUUAUGAAUUAUUAAUGAGUAUUUUAAUGUUAUAUCUUAUAAUUAUAACGAUUAAUUAAGUUGUUGUAAAUUCGGUUGUACACGCUUUCAAAUGGACCUAUUCCCUAAUGAACAAAAUUUUGAUCUAGACAAGUCUAGACAAACAUUUCACCACAGCUUGAUUCCUUGAAAGAGCAAUUCACAAAAUGUUGUAAAAUGCGGAUAAUAUAGCACUGCGAAGUUUUCCGUUUUUCAGUCAUUUUGUAUUACGCACGGGAAAUUGAUACCGCUUUCUGAAAAAAGCUAUCAAUUUCCCAUGCGUAAUACAAAUUGACUGAAAAACGGCAAACUUCGCAGGGCUAUAUUAUCCGCAUUUUACAACAUUUCGCAACAAAACUUCGGAAUAUUACUAAUUUUGUGAUGCUCUUUCAAGCCGUGAUAAAAUUUUUGUCAAGACUUGUCUAGAUCAAAAUUUCGUUCAUUAGGGAAUAGGUCCAUUAAGGAAGUCAUAUUGGCAUUCAGUUGUUCUCGUUUGAAAAUAUCGAAUUAUGUGGGAUGUUGCCUAGUGACGCAAUGACUAGCGUAUGUGUAUGAAUUUCAUUCAUGAUCCCGCCAUGAUCAUAGUAACAUAAUUUGUAGAAAUAUGGCUAUGUUUAUCAUAUUUUUAUGAAUAUAUGCAAUUAGCAUAAUACUCGGGAGGUGGUUUUUCACGCAAUUUAAUUGGUUGCUCGGCUCCCGAUUAUCCUUGCACUAUUCACUUCCGGACAAAAACAAAAUGGCGUCCCGUUUCGUUCCCGAAACGAAGACCUAAAUUUUUGUACUAAACGAAGCCGCCAAGCGCUCCGUUGGCGGAAGACUCCAGUCUUGAUGUAAUCUGUCACUGAAAAAUUGCAUGUACAGUAAGACCCCGCGUAUAAGAAGCUAGAUUUUUCAAGUUAGCCUACUGAACAGGUUCUUAUAUAAAUGGUGCUUAUCACGAAAUUAGGGACCGUUCAUUAUUUAUACCUGGGCUGGGGUUGGUACCGAAGAGAUAUGGGUUGGGUAAUCAAGUUUUUGACUAGCUCAUGGGCUGGGUAAAAAAUUUUAUGGCUGCAGUGUUUGACAGUUAUAAAAUAAAAUAAAACCAAAAUUACCAUGCGUUGGAAAAUAUGAAGAAAAAUGUGUACAAUACAUUCUGUACCAAAAUAGACCAUCAGUGAUUGAGGAAGUGACUCUAUCGUUGAUCAGCAGGAACGUGAUUGCUUUGGCGCACUCAGUGAGUUUGAGUGUGCUUUUAGAAUUUAUUUAUUUAGGCAACUUGAUUUCUGUCACCAUAAUCUUGUGUGUUUAAUUAUUAUGUAGUACAGUAACACAUGGGUUGGGUAAACAUUAUUUUGACCAUUGUUGAGGUUGGGUAAAUAAAAAAUUUACAGUGGUUUUCGCUUCUCUUCGGUACAAACCCCGGGUAUAAAUAAUGAAUGAAAUGAACGGUUCCUUAGGCUAUAAACAAAUUCUUAAAUAGGUUCUACACCAACCGAAAAUGAGUCCUUUUUCUUUAGAAAAUAAGAACCUGGUUCUUAUUUUCUAAAGAAAAAGGACUAACUUUCGGUUGGUGUAGAUACAAUUAUUUUUUGUUGAUGUGUUCAUACCGAGACAUGUCGCUUUACAUUAUGUUAUGACAUAUCCAGGAUUCUGACGUCUGCGUCAUUUUCACUACUUUGUCUUUGUGACAAGUUUAUUUUCUUUGAUUUAUAAAUUUUUAGUUUCAACUCUUAGAGUGAUAAAAAUAAAAUAAGAACCUGUUUGAAAUUUUAGCCUAUAAAAAGGUUCCUAGUAUAUAAAGGGGGUCUAAAUAUCGUGCAUUUUCAAGUCUAACAGGUUCUUAUCUAGUUAGGUUCUUUAAUAUACGCGGAGUCUUAUGUAUGUUUCUACUGGACUGAAGUUUCCAGUGGCAUUAUUUCCGCAAAUAUAGGCCUUCCUAUUAAUCACUUUUUGCCUUCGCCUUCAAACACGACAAAAAGGAAAAUGCCAAAAUUGAAAUUUCAGUUGCCAAGGGCUUAGGGUUGACGUGUUUGAAAUGUCCAGGCCAAUAUUAUUAUGUCCAUGAGAUAAUGCAUGCAUGGCUCGACGUAGCAUAAUGAUAGCUUGCUUGUAUAUAUUUGAAACCUAUAAAGACCAUAGUCAGACCAGGCAAUUUUUACAACUUGCAAUGCAGUUUCUGACAAAGAGCCAUCAAUAUUAUCAUCAAUAGUAAUUUGUGUCCGCCGAGUAAUAUUAAGCAUAACAAGAUCAAGUAGACAACACUCAAAUAUUUUUAUGCAUUUUUAUUAAAGGAAUACCGAAUGGGUUUUCCGUGCAGGAAUGCAUGAUCCAUGCACGAGGAAUGUCGCGAGACUUUCGGAAAGCGUAAAAAUAUUCGAGUUGCAAGCGAGUGUAUUUUUACGCUUUCCGAAAGUCGAGCAACAUCCCAAGUACAUGGAUCACGCUAUCCUGCUUGGAAAACCAUUUGGUAAUUGUUUUAUAAAAUAACUACAGUGAAACAAUGACAUUUUGGAAAUCACGCGAAGGCAUUUUAAUUCCUCGUGCAGGAUAGCCUGAUCCUGCACGGCUAUUGACCAAUCAAAUUGCGUGUUUCACUGUACGUUGUUAUUAUAUAAUGCCGCAACCUCGUCCCCAGGGUCUUCUUCAGAAGACCCUGGGGACGAGGUUGAUAAUGCAGUUUAUUUUGCAUUUACUGGUGGGAAUCUAUACAGCCAUGUACUGUACUUGGCUAACGGACGCAGCCAUCUCUGGUGUACAAAGUUUGAACUCUUCUGGAUCUGAUAAGGAAUCCUAAAAAGUUCAGCUUAUCUAUUUUUUCUCUACACUUCUGCCAGAUAGUCGAGCGAAAAAUCCUGGCCGUUUCUCCCUCACUUUGUUUUGAAAAUCUGCAAGAAAUAAAAGUAAAAUACAAAUACAAAUAUAUUUAAUACUUGUGACCAGAAACGCAUAUACAAGCGCUGUAUAGGGUAGUAAAAACUCGAUCUGAAAUUGCAAUUCAGACUCUCGCUUUUAUUAUUUUUCACAAUAUACACACGUAUUAACAACGUACAAGUUGUAACAAACCUGCAGCAGACUUGUAGCAAUGCUGUUCGAACAACUUGUCAACAAGAUGCGUUCGUACUGCUUGUUCCCAGCUUGUUGACAACUUGCCAACGGCUUGUUGACAACUUGCUACAAGGUUGUUAAGUUCAACAGACAAAUCUCACAUCUUGUAGCAAGUCUGCCAAACAAGCCGUCAAUAAGUAAGUUGUGUUCGCACUCAAGUUGUCAACAAGUUUGGAACAAGCUGUUAACAACUUGCAACAACCUUGUUGAAUAAAAUCAAGCUUGUUACACACAAACUUGUUUGGGAACAAGCAGUGCGAACACAACUUGUAAACAGAUUUGAAACAAUUUGUUUGCAGACCUGUAACAACUUGUGCGUUUUUACGUGUGUACUAGCGAUUUGCUGUAUUUUACAGAAUGUAAUGAAGCAGUGAUCACUGUAGGACCUGGCUGUAGCGCAGUACCUGUGCUUAGUACAUAGUUAUAUGCACCAGAUUUCUGAGCUUCUUGGGUGAAUGCUGUUUCCCUCACUCUUGGAUACUGUAGAAUAAUAUCAGAUAUACAAAAUGUAGGUGAGGAACUAUGUUGAAAGGAGAAUUCUCAUGUGUAUUAAUUUUAUGAAUCUAGCAGCAAAACGCCAUUUAUAAACAUGGAGAUAUUUUUCCAGAAAUGUUGUAGAAUAUAACAGAAGUAGUAUUUUUUAAAGUUUUGAAAUCAACAGACUUUGCAGAUAUACCCAAAGCAAAAUAUCAGGUUAAAUUCUAACCCAGGCAGGGCUAACAGUAUAAAUCCAACUUUGAACAACCGGCCCAAGAACAAUUAGUCUAUAGACUCUAUAAAUCAUAGAAAUAUGUUUUUUGCUAAAGAUGGCUGUUUUCUGAGAGCUUUGUGUUGGGUAGGUGGAAGGAUUAUCAUUAGAUCGAAUUAGAGUCGGGGUUAGACAGAGAAAUGGGGCCAUGACCAGGAAGGUAUAUAUGGACUAAUACACAAUGAUUAUUAAUUGUGGUUAUAAAUAGCAAACCAUCCUAGAUAUAUACCUUAUUCCUGUAAUAAUUUGAACUUAUUUUUAUUAAGCUGUCUAGCAUCCUGGAAGCUUCUUUCUCCUAAAAUAUUUAUAGUACAAUGAUAAUUAGCAUCAAUAUCACAACACAUUUUAUUGAUAAAUGACCACGGAUUGAAACUGUGAUCAUUGAUCACAAAUCUAUCAUCGAUUAAUAUAAUCUUCUAAUCUGAUUACAUCUCAAGGCACAAAUUAUCGGAAUUUCAUCCUUAAAAAUUUCUCAAUAUAGCUUGAAUUUUUUACAUUCAAUAUAGCUAUUGGAAAUUCUCGAUUGAGUGGCAGACAUUGCAAAUUUGGUGAUUAUUUUGGCCUUACAAGCGAUUAACAGUAGCCCCAAACAGUAAGAUUAUAGCCUGUCAAACAUUCUUGCAAAAUAUGAAAAUUACACAUGAGAAUGACAAUGUUUUUAUCUGCGAGUGUCCACGUAAGGAUGCAACCGACGGCAGCCGCCGCUCUCGUCGAAAUAUUAACUUUUAAAUUAUGUUAAAUUUUAUUUCCUAACCUCAAUUUGUCGAUCUCUAAACCGUGUUUCUAAAUUCUCUUUGAUAUGAGAACCAAGAUCUCUGCCUUGUCGGCUAGAAUCUAUAGGCCAUUGUUCACAAAUUUGUAAAAAUCGUUGAUAUAGUUGGGUCGCCUGAGCGGCCGAUUUUCGAGACGCCAUCUUGAAUUUUGAAGCUCAUGGGUUAUACUGCUGACCAAAGUAUCGCCGGCAUACUAUUAGUAAAAUUCUAGGAAAAAAUUUUAAUAUUUAAAAAUUAUUAAAAAAAGCCCCCGAAAUAUUUUUUAAAAUAUAAAGAUAAAACAAACUUUGACGAUUUAUUACUAAUACAGCGUUUGCAUCUAUUCAUUUUCACAUGAGACGUUUUAGUUUUGUGAAAUUUGUAAUUGAUAGCAAUCUGGCAUUUUUAGUUAAAAUACAACUUCUCAAACUCUGAGUUUGUUUACAAUGAGUCUCCUCAAUAACUUAUCAACAAAACACAAAGAAGGUCAAGAAAUAAGCACCAUAUUGUUAGGUUUAUUACCACGCUAAUAAUCUUCCAGAAAUGAUGUCAACUUUCGCGAGAAGUCGAAUAUUAUAGUGAUUUUGUUAAAAAUACGCCCAGGUGGUGUAUCAUAUGCAACACACUUUUUACUUGAUAGAUUUCAUAGAUUACGUAGUAAAAAAAUAUUUUCAAAUUUUUAAUAUUUUCUAAGACUUAGAAAGUAGAGGGUCUCGCGAGGUCUCCACGCGUGAAUUUUGCAUAACCUGCAAAAUUUCAAUAUGGCUGCCAGAAAUUUCAUAAAUUCUGUUUCCUUUUAGAUUUAAAUACGAAUUCCAUCCAAACGAAACCGUUCGGCGAUAAACCAUUGAACCAUGGAGUUUGCAGAGUUUAUAAAAAUCCCUAUGGUGGAUAAAGUGACCCUAGCUAGGCCUGGAUUGUCUCGUGUUGUUGGGACACUGUGCAUCACAGGGCAUCAUUUGUUAUUUUCAUCUCGUAUGCAAGAUAGCGAGGAACUGAUGGUAGGUAUUGUGAUGUGUGAUAAAUAGAAAUGAUUGAUAUUUAUUUCAGCUUGUCUGUAAAUAAUAAUAGUACUUGUUGUGUCCUGGGAACCUAAUUCCCAGAAUUUUUUUUGAUCUACAAAUUCUACAUUUUUGGACCAGGAACUGGUUCCCUAAACUUGUUGUUGUUGUUGUUGUUGUUGUUAGGGGGCGAUGCAGACGGGCCAUUCCAUUUAAUAUCCACACCCCCCUGUUGAUGAGGUUUCUGAUCUUAGACCCCUUCAGAAACGGUUUUCCGGAAGACCCCCUCGGAAAUUCGCUAUUUUUUCUAGAACCCCUCGGAAAUUUACAAUUUUUCCCAAGCUCCUCGGAAAUAACUGUUGACAUGGUUCCACUAUGAUAGACCCCCUCAGAAAUUUUUGGGAAUUUAUUGACCACCCACUCGGAAAUUUUCGUCAUCAGGUAUACCUCCUCCCCCCCUCGGAAAAUUACAAAAAAAUGUUGACCCCUUCAGAAAUUUUCCUUUCACAACCCCCUCGGAAAUUUCAACUUGGCCACCCCUCAGAAAUUCAGAAUUUCAGACCCCCUUCGGAAAAUCUAGUCAACAGGGGUGUGGAUAUUAAAUGGAAUGGCCCUCUUCGAGUCCGAUCGUCAUGAAAUUUGACACAAUUAUUUUAAACGAUAUUCCUCAUCGACUGACGGUGUCUGAUUUUUUAUUAUCGAUUUAGGGACAAAGUACUAGCAAUUCUUGUCUGUAUGCAUAGAAUAAUAAUAUCCAUAUAAUUAAUAUUCACAGACAAAUUCCAACCACAACAGAGGCAGUCAUGGACCAUUGAUUAAAUUGUUAAUAAUCAUUAUUAAUUGAACAAAUAUUAAAAGCAUUAAGUUUGCCGAUAGUACUACCCAGAAAAAUGCACUAAUUACAUCAAAGUAUGUGUAAUUUGCAUGACAUAUUGUAUAAAACUAAACAUUUAAGCAGACGCUGCCAAUAUAAAAUGGCUCCACUUUGAGAACCAGUGUUAAUUGACUAGUGUUUCGUUCAAUCAUUUAGAUCAUUUUAACAUAUUUUAAAAAUGCCUCGCUGAACCAGCAUUAAUUAAGGGUUUGAAACAAAAGAUUAUAUUAAUUUAUGACCAGAAGUAACUUGAAUUUAACACAUGUGGUAAAUGUCCCCAGAUUUUUCUUAAUUUUCCCCUGCAUUUACAGUCGAUUUCACGAAACUUCAGGGGUGUAUAUUCUUCAACGAACUUUGAUUCUUCCCCCCCUUCUUUUCAGAUUUGAUUCUUUUCCCCAUAUCUUUACUACAUCAGCCUCAAAGGCUUGUGAAUUCCAAUAUGAACUUCGCAACAAACUCAGAACAUUUGUGGUCAAAGUUUCGUGAAAUCGACUGUAAUUAGCCAUUUAAUUCCCAAAGCCCUGGGUCCAGUCGCUCAAAUCCCAUGUUGGAGGGACAAGAAAUAUGGCAGCACACAUUUAAAUUAAAAGUUUAAUGUAAAAAGGAGAUAUUUCAUUUUUGGUCAUCUAAAAAACUUGUUGAUAUUUGAUAGUAGAUAAUUCUACUCUUUCACAUAUUUGAUGCCUGUCACCAUAUAUUUUGUCCCUCCAAACGAUCCUAGAAUGCACUGUGAUCUCUUUUGGGAAAACUGCUACAAGUCUUAAUUGUAGUCGAGUUUCGUGUUUGUUCAAUUAUGCCUUCUCUACACUCUAGCUGUUACAUGACAACGUUGAGAGCGUGGAUCGCAAGGUUUCUGGUCAAGGCGCCACCCUCACCAUCACAUGCAAGAAUUUUGAUUUUUUUCAACUGAUUUUUCCAUUUCUGGAAGAUGCGCAAAAAGUUCAGGCAUCUGUUGAACCUUUAUCUGUCGUUGGUAAGUUAUGGAAAAUUAAACACCUUCCCCAUGUAUAAAAUAACCCUCUCCCCACCUAGAAAUUUAAUAUCCUCACCUUUCCCGUAAAAUAGCCCUCUCCCCCACCGGGAAAAUUAGCACACACCUGCUCCUGUAAAAUAACCAUCUCCCCUACCUGGAAAAUGAAUGCCCCCCCUCUCCUCUGCCACACUUGGAAAAUGAAAAUCCUCUCCCUCCCAUAAAAGAACCCUCUACCCCACCAGGGAAAUUUGGACCAUCCCUGUCCUGGAAAAUAACCAUCUCCCCUGCCCGGAAAACGAGCACCCUCGCCAUCCUGUAAAAUAACCCUCUCCCCAGCAGGAAAAUUAGCACCUUCCCUUAUGUGAAAUAGCCAUUUCCCCCUACCUAGACAAUUAGCACACUCCCCCUGUAAAAUAACCCUCUCCCCCUCUUGAAAAAUGAGUACUCUCUCCUUCUAGGAAAUUAAUAUUCGUUCCCCCCCCCCCAAUCCUUCUGAAAAAUUAGCACCCACCCAGGGAAAUUGGUACUCUCCCCCUAGAAAAUCAACACCCUUUCCCAGCAAAAUCUGAGCCACCUGAGAAAUCUACACCCUCUCACUUUGGGAUCUCUUUUCCCUCUUUGGAAAUUCUUUGCAAUUCCUGACCAGUGAGCCUAAGACAGGAUUCACCUUUACAGCAACAAUUUUGAUAUCUUAUUUUCUAUUUCCCAGAAACCCUCAGUGUGACAUAUCCGUUCUUCUACCAAGCGACAAGUGUGGAAUGUAAAGCAGAGAACGGCUGGGAUCUGUUUAGUAUAGAUACAUAUUUUAUGAAAAUGUUUCAGAAGACUGAAGAUUGGAGACUAUCAAGUGUUAAUAAUGAUUACAAGGUGUGGAUAAAUUUCAAGAACAUUUUUGUCUAUUUUAUUUCAAUAAUUUUUCUAUUCUCAGGGUUCUUCAUAGUUGUGAGUGGGACAGGUAAAACAGGUUUUUCAACAGGUAUAAGCGUCAAUUCGUACCUAUAGUACAAACCUCUAGGGGGUCCGGGUAUUCCCACGGAAAAUUUUGAAAUCUGAUUUCUCUGAAGUGGCAUUUCCUAACAUUAUUUCGUAACAAAUGUACGCAAACUCUAGGCUUCUCAGUGACCACAAUCAGUGGUCGUGGAAACUUUAAAUUUUACCAGUUACCAUCUGAUAAGGAGAACCCUGUAUUCCCCGCAACAAUUAACUGUGAGAUAAAAUUUUUAAAACCGUACACCGGUCACAGGAAUGAAAAGCGUCUGCAUUACGUACUGUAACUACUGUGCUACCGCCAUUUCCAAUAAACAGCCCUUUGUCUUUACAGCUCUGUCACACAUACCCUCCAGUUGUUAUUGUUCCAAGAAAAAUAUCUGACGAUGUUCUUAAAAAGUCCGCAGCAUUUCGACAACACGGUCGUUUUCCAGUCUUGUGCUAUUUUCAUAGUGCUAAGAAGGUAAUGGAUGCAUGAACUAAACUAAUUUUAUUUAUUCUGAAUAGCUCUUUCAGUUCUAAACUGUUCUUCGUAAAGGUCCAGUAAGGAUUAUCUCUUAUUGAUCCAGUGUUCCUACAGGAGGAAUCCUAAACUAAACUAACUUUAUUUAUACUGGAUAGCUUUAUCAGUUCUUAAAUGUUCUCCCUAGAGGUCCAGGAAGGAUCAUCUCUUAUUGAUCCAAUGUUUCUACAGGAGGAAUCCUAAACUAAACUAACUUUAUUUAUACUGGAUAGCUCUUUCAGUUCUAAAAUCUUCUUCCUAGAGGUCCAGUAAGGAUCAUCCCAUAUUGAUCCGGUUUUACUACAGGAGAAAACCUAAACUAAACUAACUUUAUUAACGCUGGAUAGCUCUAUUAGUUCUGAACUGCUCUGUCUAGAGGUCCAGGAAGGAGCAUAUGAUUUGUUAAUUUUUUCAAAAGAUCAGUGACGCAACACCACUUUGCCAAUACUUGACGUAUCUUCACUUAUUUCCCCAGAGUUGUUUAUUACGAAGUUCUCAACCUGCGUCAGGUAUUACAACGAAGAGAUGCAAGGAAGAUGAGAAAUUAUUGAAUGAGACCUUGAGUUCUGACAGUAAAGGUUUAAUAUUUGAUACAAGAAACACGACCUCAGUUUACAACAGCAGAAGUAAAGGUAUGACUUCAUCUCUUAAAUGAGCUGGGCAUGCAAAACAUUUUUCAUGAUCCAAACUGCUAUGGGCAAUUCCACAUGAGAGCUGAGAAAAACCAAAAAAAUUAGACCAGGAAACUUCGAUAAAAACUAAAAAUUCAAUGGCGUACAUACUUUAUGUUUUUAUUGAAAUGCUGAUUUUGUCCUAAGAAACCAGGACAGGCCUAGAACAUUUAUUUAUACACUGAAUGGUAACAUAUUUUCUCCAUGUAGGCUUUGGGGUAGAACCAGAUUCAAAUUACUCUCAAUGGAAGAAAACGUAUGGCAAUCUGGCAAGACACAAGGAAUUUACAGAGAUGUUUCGUAAAUAUGUCGAAGGUGAAGAUUUAAUAUAUAGUGUGGUUUAGAUUUGAAUUUUGAUCUCCAACUUCAUCGUCUUGAUCUCCAACUUCACCAUCUUCAUCAUCCCCAACUUCACCAUUUUGAUCUCCAACUUCACCAUAUUCAACUUCAUUAUCUUCCUCUGAAUUAUCUCCAACUUCACCAUUUUGAUCUCCAACUUCACCAUUUUCAACUUCAUUAUCUUCAACUUCUUCAUCUGAAUCCUCUCCAACUUCAUCUUCUCAUCUCCAACUUCACCAUCUUCAUCUCCAACUUCACCAUCUUCAUCUCCAACUUCACCAUCUUCAUCUCCAACUUCAUCAUCUUCAUCUCCAAUUUCGGUGUAAACAGAAUUUAUCAAAGAGGAAUGAUGUCUAUUUUAGCAUGUAUAGACAGCGAGUCGUCCACAAGCACAUGGUUAUCGAGGCUGGAGUCCAGUGGUUGGCUAAGACAGUUGCAACUUAUUAUAAAUGGUGGUAAUGUGGUGGCUGCAAACAUUCAAAAAGGUUGGUUCAUUUUGAUUAUUCAAGCAUUACUCGAAGUUUGCGUGGCACUAUAUAUUCAAAUAAAACGUGAUAAAACGGAAACUCAUCAGGGGCAGAUUUACAAGGGGCGGGGGGUACACACUUUCCGUAAAGGGCCGGGGUAUAGGGGAGUCUGAAUUUAAUGAGCACCCCUCCUACCAGCUCUGGCUUAUCUAAUCCUGCUUUCUGUUUCUAGGUGCGACAGUUCUGGUGCAUGGUGGCAGCGGUAAAGAUACGACAUUGAUAGUCAGUUCAUUUGCACAGGUUCUGUUGGAUCCACAGUGCCGUACAGUUUUAGGGUAAGAUACUUUUGUGAUGUUACUUUAAUUUGAUUUUUUUCUGUGUUAGUGCAACAGGCCUUAAAAUAUCGGUCGGUCACGGACAUUGUCCGACCCAUUCGUGAAAUUGUCCGACGUAGAGAGGAAACCACCGGACAUUCUGUCCGACCUAAGUGAAACUGAGGUUUAUUGUUUGUCCGACCCGAGUGAAUUGGUGUCCGACCAAACUGUAGCUUUGUCCAACGUAAAUAAAAAUGUACCCUAGCCCAAGACAAAAGGCUUGUAUGUUAAAUGGAAAAUCAGAGUACUAUUGUGUAAAAGGUGAACUGGAAAUGUUGUUUUAACAUAGUCGAGCGCGGGGCGGCGAGCGAAAUGGUGAAGUGGAAAACGGGCUUAAGUUGUUUAAUAUACUGCUAUUCUGGAAAGCAAGUUAAUUUUGGCUUGGGAAUAAGUAUGAAAGAAACAAAUUAUUUAAUAUCUUCACCACUUUUACCGUUCAGAAUGUGCUGAUAUUUAUUUGUGUCAUUCAGACUUAUUUCCGAGUCAAAGGUCAUCGGACAUAUGUCCGACCCAAACUCAACGGCAUCGGACAUUUUGUCAGACGGUUCUGUAAAAGAUAUUUUAAGGCCUGUGCAAUGUACUUAGGUGAAUAUGAUGCUUGUGAUGUUACUCUGAGUGUAUAUCCACACCGGGCAAGCUUGAAAAAAUAUGCCUGGCCACGGUGGGAAUCGAACCUACGACCUUUGCAGAACUUUAGUUUAUUGUUUAUUGAGCCUAUAAAUAAGCCGCGGCUUAAAUAAGUCGCGAACAACUCGUAUAAACAGUCAAUGUACAACAAACUGCGGCUUAUUUAGGCCUAGCUUUCAACUCUGGGCUUAUUUUAGCCGCGGCUUAUUGCAAAUUGACUGUUUAUACGAAUCGUUCGCGACUUAUAUAAGCCGCGGCUUAUUUAGGCCUAGCUUUCAAGCCUGGGCUUAUUUUAGCCGCGGCUUAUUGCAAAUUGACUGUUUAUACGAAUCGUUCGCGACUUAUAUAAGCCGCGGCUUAUUUAGGCCUAGCUUUCAAGCCUGGGCUUAUUUUAGCCGCGGCUUAUUGCAAAUUGACUGUUUAUACGAAUCGUUCGCGACUUAUAUAAGCCGCGGCUUAUUUAGGCCUAGCUUUCAAGCCUGGGCUUAUUUUAGCCGCGGCUUAUUGCAAAUUGACUGUUUAUACGAAUCGUUCGCGACUUAUAUAAGCCGCGGCUUAUUUAGGCCUAGCUUUCAAGCCUGGGCUUAUUUUAGCCGCGGCUUAUUGCAAAUUGACUGUUUAUACGAAUCGUUCGCGACUUAUAUAAGCCGCGGCUUAUUUAGGCCUAGCUUUCAAGCCUGGGCUUAUUUUAGCCGCGGCUUAUUGCAAAUUGACUGUUUAUACGAAUCGUUCGCGACUUAUAUAAGCCGCGGCUUAUUUAGGCCUAGCUUUCAAGCCUGGGCUUAUUUUAGCCGCGGCUUGUUGCAAAUUGACUGUUUAUACGAGUAGUUCGCGACUUAUUUAAGCCGCGGCUUAUUUAGGCCGCGACUUAUUCUCGCUCGUAUAAAUGGCCCUAAUGAUCUCAUACUGGUUGUUCACGGGUACAGUCGCUUAUCUUUUAUUCUCAUUUUAGAUUCGAAAGUUUGAUAGCACGAGAGUGGCUUGCUGCAGGACAUUCGUUCAGAGAACGUUGUAUUAAACUAGGAACGUCAAAUAUGCGAUACAAAGGACAAGCACCGACCUUCCUUAUGUUCCUUGAUGCUGUUUACCAGGUG